AUGGCCACGAAAGAGGAUGAACCGAAUCAGCUGCUUCGACGGCCACUUUAUGUCUACGAUCUACCACCCGAACUGCUCAACAGCCUUACUCCUGUAGGUGGAGAACCACCAAAGACAGAAGAGCCAGAGGGAUCAACCGUGCAACAGCCCGCACUGAACGUCGAUGCAGUUUCUUCCUCUACAUCAUGUACCCUUUGCAAAGUCUCCUUCCAUAACGUCCAGGACCAGCGGCAGCAUGUCAAGUCCGAUUUCCACCGCUACAACUUGAAGUUGAAAAUAAAGGGAAUGCCUCCAGUUGAUGAGGCCACAUUUGUGAGAUUGAUUGGAGAUUUGGACGAAUCGCUGUCAGGAUCUGAGUCGGAGAUUUCGGAAGACGAAGAUGAAGAGGAGGGCAAGCCCGGAGACACCACACUGAGUGCUCUCCUGCGGAAACAAGCCAAAAUCUCACAAGAGGCUGAGGAACCUGAUAAAAUUCCUACAAAGAAAGUUGGUUUCGGAAAUGCCCCUCUUCUAUGGUUGUCGAGCCCAAAAGCUGGCGAAGAUGUGGGGUUGGGCUUGUACAGGGCCAUCCUUACGAACGAAGAACAGGCAAAUGCGUCAACCUCUCUGGUAGACAUCCUUAAGAGGAAACAGCUGAAACCGACAAUGGCAAAAACAAGCGGAAAGACAACAGCGAAUGGAACAAACUCUUCACAUGAUGACCCACACUGGUUUCUCUGCAUGGUUGGCGGUGGUCACUUUGCCGCUAUGAUCGUUUCGCUAGUCCCCGAGUUGAGGAAGGGACCCGGAGGCGUGGAAGAACGACACGCCGUCGUCAGGGUCCACAAAACUUUCCAUCGGUACACGACGAGGCGGAAACAGGGCGGCUCACAAUCUGCGAACGACAAUGCGAAAGGCAAUGCCCACUCUGCCGGUUCAUCGAUACGACGAUACAACGAGAUGGCUUUGGAGACGGAUAUCAGAAAUGUGCUGGUUGAAUGGAGGGAACUGAUAGAAAGUGCGGAAUUACUGUUCAUUCGUGCCACCGGGAGCGCGAAUAGAAGAACACUGUUUGGUCCAUACGACGGCCAAGUGUUGAGGGGCAACGACAAACGCAUUCGUGGAUUUCCUUUCAGCACGCGUCGGGCGACACAAGCCGAACUCCUAAAGUCUUUCAACGAGCUCACGAGGCUGAAAGUGGGGAAGCUGGUCGAACCAUCGACUGAAAAGCAGCCUGUUGAGAAGGCAGCUCCCAAGGAGCUGAAACCGAAAGCAUCGGCGCCAAAGUUGAGUAAGGAGGAAGAGUCGUCUCAGUUCCACACAUCUCAACUACAGGCUCUUAUUCGCCGGUCAAAGGCUCCUGGAGUCUUACUGUAUCUGACCAAGAAUCAACUUUCACCGAAUUUUGCCUUCUUCCCAGCCACGGACAACCACCACGCACCCACGCCUCUCCAUCUCUCCGCAGCGACCAACUCUCCUGCGCUGGUGUUGGCGCUGCUCACCAAGGCCAGGGCCGAUCCGACCGUUCAAAACGGAGAUGGCAAGACGCCCUAUGAAAUUGCGGGCGAUGCCAAAACCAGAGAUGCUUUCCGAAUAGCCCGCCACCAAUUGGGCGAGGACGGCUUCGACUGGUCGAAAGCACGUGUUCCUGCACCCAUAAGCCAAGAAGAAGCAGAUGCAAAGGCUCAACAGGAGAAAGCGGCGACAGAGGCUGCUGAAGCUCGGCGACGAAACGCCGAGCUGGAUCAGAUCCGGCAAGAAGAAGAGCAGCGCAACGCGAACCGAAUCGAAAGAAAGGCUGGUACAGGCAAAACACUUGCCACCGUUGUUGAGAAAACAGGUGCAGAAAAACGUGAAGAAGAGGUUAGGGGCUUGACGCCAGAGAUGAGGAUGAGGCUGGAAAGGGAACGAAGAGCCAGAGCAGCCGAGGAACGAAUCAAACGGAUGCAAGGGGCGAGGUAG